GGAGAGAUGAGGAGAAAGAAGACAUAGUUAAACUACUAUUGCUGGACAACAUUAGCAACCCCAAUUUUCUUGUUUAUCCAAUAAUUGGAAUGGGUGGUCUUGGGAAGACCACACUUGCUCAACUAGUCUACAACGAUGAAAGAGUGAAGAAUCAUUUUGAUGCCAGAAUUUGGGUUUGCGUAUCUGAUGAUUUUGAUGUGAAAAGACUUACCAAAGCAAUCAUAGAAUCUAUGGGUGGAACUGCAAAUGAUCUCACGGAGUUGGAUCCAAUGCAAAGCCGCCUUCGUGAGAUGUUGAGUAGAAGGAAGAGCUUUUUGAUUGUACUAGAUGAUGUUUGGAAUGAAGACCAGGACAAGUGGGAUAUGGUGAAAUCUUCAUUAACAUGUGGAAAUGAAGGAAGUGCAAUUCUUGUAACCACUCGUAUUGAAAAAGUAGCUUCCAUCAUGGGCACAUUUCCUGCCCACCACUUGAAAGGACUCUCAGAGGAUGAUUGUUGGGCUUUGUUCAAGCAACGUGCAUUUGGUGAUGGCAGCAGAGAGGUGGAGAAUACAAACUUGGAGGCGAUUGGUAAGGAGAUUGUGAAGAAGUGUGGAGGUGUACCUCUGGCUGCAAAGGCUUUAGGAAGCUUAAUGCGCUUCACACACACACAGAAUGAAUGGUUGUUUGUGAGGGAAAGUGAAAUUUGGGAUUUACCAGAAGAUGAAGAAAAUACCAUUUUGCCGGCCUUGAGACUAAGCUACAAUCAUCUGCCCUCACAUUUGAGGCAAUGUUUCGCUUAUUGUUCCAUAUUUCCAAAGGAUCUUAGGAUGGAGAAGGAACAAUUAGUCCAUCUCUGGAUGGCUAAUGGUUUUAUACCAUCUAAAGGCAAAAUGGAGUUGGAAGACAUUGGGAAUGAAAUUUUUAAUGAGUUACUGUGAAGGUCUUUCUUCCAAGACAUAGUAAAAGAAGGGGAUGGCAAUGUAGUGUCUUGUCAGAUGCAUGAUCUAGUCCAUGAUCUUGCAUGUUCUGUUAUGAAUAAUGAAUGUUUGACCUUAGAUCAAACUAGCAAGGAAAAUAUUGUUCCAAAAGGGGUUAGACACUUGUCAUUGAAGCUUGUGU